AUGUAGUCAGCUUUACCGAGAGUUAGAUUCUAGAGUGAGUAUCCAGUGAAGAAGGUGGUGAGUCCAUUGAUUGAGUUGCCAAUUGAGUAUCAAUUGGUGGAGAAGGCAGGCCAAGGAAGUUUCGGCGAAAUUUACAAGAUUUACAAUACUUUGACUCGCACUUUACAUGCAUGCAAGGUGGAGUUCAAAGAUACGAGACAAUAAAAUCAACAAUCCUUAUUGGUUAAGGAAUACAACACAUUCUAAUAGUUGAAGGGAAUCCCUCAAGUGCCCCAGCCUUAUCAAUUAAUUUAACAGUAAGAUUACAAAUUAAUCAUAAUGCCCUAUUAUGGUUCUGGUAUGGAUGCUAUUACUAUUUUAGGUAAUCUCGAAGAACUAAGAAAGAAAUAAAUUCACGAGAAGUUCUCUGAAACCUGCAUUAUUAGAUUGGCAUAUUGUCUAAUUUCUGUAAUUGAGGCUGUUCAUGAAAGGAAGUAUGUGCAUAGAGAUAUCAAACCCGAAAAUUUCUUGGUAGGUAGUUUUGGUGAUCAUCACACAGUUUAUUUGAUUGAUUUUGGACUAGCCAAACCCUUUGUUGAUGCCUAAGGUUUUUAAAUACAAUAAUCAAGGCAUUCACAUUUAACAGGCAGACAAUAAAGGCAUGGUUGGCACAGCCAGAUACACCAGUAUUAACUCCCAUUUAGGUGCCGAAUAAAGUAGAAGAGAUGAUUUGGAAGCCAUGUGUUAUGUCCUUCUGUAUCUUUAUAAUGGUCAAUUGCCUUGGCAGAAUUUCAAUUGUCAAACCAGACAAGAGAAGUUCUUGAAGAUCCUCGAGGCCAAACAGAAAUUCGCUUCAGGUUAGUUAGAAAUAAAUAUUCCUCCCAUUCUUAAGAAAAUCUAUGAUCAUUCCAAAGGGUUGAGAUUCGAUGAACAACCAAAUUAUUCCAAAAUGAAAGAGAUCUGCAAAGAGGGAUUCAGCAAAACUAGUAAGACUUUAUUAAAUUAGGACCUUACUGUUUUGAUUGGUGUGUAGUCGAUUGUAAAAUUAAACCUUUUGAAGACAUUAAUGAUGGAUAAAGUGAAUUGGCGAGUGAAUUCUCAACUGUUCGUAAACAAUUGAAGGGACAAACCACUGAUUAGAUCAGCACCAAUCUCAAAAAGAUAUUGCCAUGCGAGUAAAUUAAAGAGGAGGAUGAAGAAUCCAUUAGUGAACUCCCCAAUGUCCAAAAGAUAACCAAAUUUUAUUAAAAUAAAAAACAUUGA